AUGACAGCUCUGACGAUCGCCAAAUCUUGCGCACUCGAGUCCCAAGCGACACCAUAUCUAGUUAGUACACUCACAGUGGCAUUAAGGGAUGAGGGCGCAGACGAGAAGAAAGUGGAAAUAGCGAGGGCGAUAUGGGAAAAUAGUAGCAAUUUAUGCAAGGCAAAAGAGGUUGGAGCAAUGCUGGGUACAGUCGAUAUCCUGCAAAAAGGGCUCUACCUCCUAAUUGAAGGGGCCAAGGAAUGUUCCUCAUCCCAAGUUACAGCGCAAUUACAACGCCGUCUCAAUGCUGCCAUAGCUGAGUGCUUAGCUGGCAAAGACGACGAAAUACGGGUUGAGAAAGCUGUUCGCGAGUCAGCAACACCAACCCAUCUCGAAGGCAGCCAAGGAGCUUCUAGCUCCAUUAACAAGGGUCAGAAACAGUCUAGUGAGGCUCCGAAGCUUGUUCCAAACUAUUUAAGCUAUAACGACGACUCUUCUGCGAGCCACAUUGAUGGCCCCCAAAGUCGAGCGUCAAAUGAAGACAAGAGGGGGAGUGUGGCGAGAGAAGCCACUAGUGCUGAUCUGGACACUAUUGAUCAGCUUAUUUCGGACGAAGCAAACGCUGCUAAAGCUCGACCCUCGACUGCUCCUACUGGGAAAACAGCAAGAUAG